AUGGCAGAAUUCAGUGACCAGGAUGACUUACCAGAACUGUCUGCCUGCUACCAGCAGCACAUUCAGCAGAUUGUGGAUGUGCUAGAUGAGAGUGAGGUAUCAGACAGUGAGGCGCAGAGUGAUCGGGAGAAAGAUGAGUCCUCAGAUAGUACAGAAAACUCUGAAGACUGGGAGGAGUCCAGUGCCACAGUGUCGAGAGUCUCCCGACUGAUGUGUAGCCAGCCUGUGAAUGUGAUGCAGCAGUGUGACCAAGUGGCUGCAGGUACUACAGAAGACAUGGAGGUGGCCCCACUGUUAGAUUUUAGCGACUCGGAGUCAGAAUCACUAGUGUUCUACCAGGACACCUCCCCUCAGUCCCCUCACUCCCCACUGCUGGGGUAUGCAAGUGAGGAGAACGAACACCAAGACCUUGAAGAACAGGCCAGCAGUGACAAUGAUGAAGAGGUCCGGGAGGAGGAAUUGGCCAAAAAUGACGAAUCAUCUCAGGAGGAAGAAGAUAGUUCAGCUGAAGAAGAGGAAAAAGAAGAAGAAGAAGAAGAGGAAGAUGAAAAGGGUGAAGCUGACAGUACAUCUAGUACCACAGCUCAUUCUGAAGUUGACCCCAAGCACAACUUGAGGGCAUCUAACACAGAGAGGAAGGAUGGGCCACAGGAUGAUCGCAAGAGGAGGAGAGAGCCAACAAGGUUUUCUAGCUACCAGUUGGAACAGUUGGAGAGGGUGUACAAGCUCGACCCUUACCCUGACAGCUCAAAAAAAGCUGCAGUGGCCGUCAAACUCAACAUCAACUUAGGCAGCGUCAGGAACUGGUUCAGUAACAGGAGAACCAGGCGACAGUCGGCAAAGCCCAGACUGAAGAGUACCAGAGGAAGGAGAAUGGUUCCCAAACCUGAAGCUGUGGACAGUCCGAGGAACUCUAGUACAGAUAGGAUGAAGAGGACUAAGGGGUGGUUUUCCCCCGACCAAGUUGAGGAGCUGGAGAAGAGUUUUCAGCAGUUUGGACCCUAUCCAGAAGCCUCUGUACAGGCACAGCUGGCCAAGAAACUCAACACCAAGCCAGCAAAGGUUUAUAACUGGAUGAAUAGAAGGAGAUUCAAGUGGAGGAAGUGUGGGGAACCAAGACUGAAUGUAGGUACCAGUAGGAAGCGUUCCUGUCCCAACCCUCCUGACACACCGAGCAAGACGACGAAAAGUUCUCAGGAUGACAGCACUCGUCUCACCAGGAAGCGCAAGAAAGAAGAAGAAGAAGCUGUAAAGGCCGGCCGGGGGAGGAAACUAACCAGGGAGCUGCGCAGCCUCCUGCCUAGUGUGGGCUCACCAAAACAGGAGAAGGAACCGCAGACUGUGGAGAACCUUCUGCAGGACAUGUUGACGAAAACCAAACCGCGACAACUGAAACCUGCCCAGGACUCGAGUCCGGAAGUCGAGGAGACCGAGAGGACCGGGAAACGUGGAAAGCAGAAACGUCAAAGAAGGAAGAUUGACAAUAGCUGUUUCCAGGAACCCCCUGACACACCCUCGGACACACUCCCUGAUCUGGGGCACCAGAAACCCCCUAACACACCCUCGGACACUCGCAAACCUGGAAGGGCACGAAAAGUCUCAGAGAAAUCCCGCAGCGCCGCCCAAACACAGGAACAAGCAGCCACCAGUGGCACACAUGAUGUUUUCCCACGACCAGAGGGCGUCAACAGCGAUGAUGAGGACCUGAUGUCCAAGAGAAGCUGCUGUAACUUGAAGGCUACAUAA